AUGUCCACAAACGCCAAGCAAAUUCACGAGCGCGGUACCGCUGAUGGGUGGCACGGCGUAAUACCAAGCAGUGAAUUUCCGGUCGAAAAGAAUCGGUAUCAUCUUUACAUCGGCCUCUUUUGUCCAUUCGCACACAGAGCAAAUUUUGUGCGCCACCUAAAAGGCCUUACCGACUUCAUUGGCCUCAGCAUCGUGAUGCCGUACCCGAAAGGCGAUGCCAAAGGCUGGCCGGGAUGGCGGUUUCCUGUAUCCGAUGACGAGUAUCCCGGUGCAACGGUCGAUCACCUUUUUGGAGAGGACUAUAUGCACAAAAUCUACUUCCGCGCCGAUCCGGACUACAAAGGGCGGUAUUCAGUACCUGUUUUGUGGGACAAGAAAAGCGGGACAAUUGUCUGCAAUGAAAGUGCGGAGCUUCUACGCUGGCUUCCAAAUGCAUUUGAUGAAUUCCUCGAGCCAUCACUCGCUUCAAUCGAUCUGUACCCAGUCCAUCUCCGAGCAAAAAUCGACGAAAUCACGCCAUGGAUUCAGUCUGACGUAAACGCUGGCGUCUACAAAGCUGGAUUUGCUUCCACACAGGAAGACUACGACAAGAAUGUUGUACCUGUUUUUGCUGCGCUAAAUAAGCUCGAACGCCUCAUCGCUCAGAAUGGCGGUCCGUUUGUACUCGGGAAACAAAUCACCGAGCUGGACAUUCGACUCUAUGCCACAUUGAUUCGUUUCGAUACAGCCUAUGUCCAACAUUUCAAGUGCAACUUGGGCACAAUCCGACAUGAUUAUCCUGUGUUGAAUAAUUGGCUGAAGGGUGUGUAUUGGAAUGUCGAUGCAGCGAAGGCCUCGACAGAUUUCAAGCAUAUCAAGGAAAAUUACACCAAGAGUCACUAUGAUAUUAACCCCAAGGCUAUCACGCCAAUGGGUCCCUUUCCCGACGUUGAAGAGGGUGUUGAGGAUGAUUGGGCCAAGUUAAAAACCGGAGGAGUCAUGCACCCAGCAGUUUUGAAAUCUCGGAUCUGA